AUGGCGGACCGCGUAGCCGGGGAAAAUAUCCCUGGCGGACCGUCGGAGGGAGACCAGAGCUCGGCAGAGCUCACGAGCCUCAAAGCGGAUGUAGGCUCGCUCGCAGAGCAGCUCGGCAAGUUGACGCUACUGGUAGGUGAGCUAACACGGAAGGAGGAGGAGCCCAGCGACGCCAGAGGGAGCGACGCUGGCCGCGGUGACGCUAGAGAGAGCGCCGCCGCGGCGUCUGCAGGAGUCCAAGAAGGGGCAUCGCAGACUGGGAGCGCGCAGGACGACAUGUACCUGCGCGAACGUUUCGGAGACUCUGGUCCGGAAGGACGACACAGCGGCGAAGCAGGGGGCUAUGUCCCCCAAGAGGGGACAGUGGAGAUCCCCGUGAAAAGCGGACGAAGCAAGUCGUCAUUGUGCCAACAAUACCCAGCCGAGCAAGUUGAGCUCGCGUUUCACGCGUGGAAUAUUCUGAACCACGCUCUCAUCAAAGAGGACGACAAAAAGACGAUGAAAGAGGCAGAGACGCCCCAGGGGGCCAUCCGGGAGUUAAUAGGAAUGUACGACUUGGAUUCGUUCAUGGCAUUUACGGUCCCCACGAAAAAGCACCCACAACUUGUUCUCCGCGACCUGCUAGCAACUGGCGAACGACUUAACCAAGAAGGGCUAGGUAUCAACGAAGGAUUUGUUCUCCACCGCUUUGUGUCCGCCCUUUCGGAUGAGUACGCUAUGACGAAGCAUGCCCUGCGACGCACGAAAAAGCUGACCAAGGAGCAAGUGAUGAGGGAGAUCGCAAUCGGGUACAAAGCGAUCCUGGACAAACAAAAGAAACGCAACGGCGCACGAGGCGCCGAAAGGGCCUCCAUCGCCGACGGCGGCGGCCGGAAGGGGCAGUCGUCUAGCCGUGGCCGCGGUCGUGGCGGUCGAGGUCGUGGAGGCGGCGGCAACGGCGGGGGCGGCGGCGGCGUCGAGGGGAGCAAUGAAGAUGAAAGUGGAGGAGCAGGCGGCGGCGGCAGCGGCGGGGGCACAAGGUUUCCUGGCCGGUGCUACCGGUGCGGUCACGUCGGGCAACAGGUUGCUGACUGCACCACUGAGGAGAAGGGCUUCAUUCCGCGUUGCGGGAAAUGCGCAGGGUGGGGUCAUAAGGAGGACAAAUGCGCUACGGAGGAGGCUGUCCUGGCUCAAGUCGUGAGCUACGUGAGCGACGACGACUCCGCCCUUGACUAG